UCCAUGAACCUCCUCUUUGGUCUCCCUCUUCUCCUCCUGCCUGGUGGCUCCAUCCUCAGAAUCCUUCUCCCUUUCUACCCUGGGUCCCUCCUCUGCACAUGUCUAAACCAUCUCAGUCUCACCUAUCGGACUUUGUCUCCAAAGCCUCCUACCUUAAUUGAGGCUCAUGUGCCCAGACGAUGCCAACAUUGCGGGUAAUGUCCACGGAGGCAUCAUCCUCAAGAUGAUUGAGGAUGCUGGAUGCAUUGUGGGAACGCGACACUGCAACACGCAGGAUGGGGACCACUGUGUGGCAGCGCUGGUUCGGGUGGAGAAGACAGAGUUCCUGUGUCCCAUGUUUAUUGGUGAGAUUGCCCACGUCAGCGCUGAGAUCACUUACACCUCCAAACACUCUCUGGAGGUGCAGGUCAAAGUCAUUGCUGAGAACAUACUGACAGGGGUCAAAAAGCUGGCAAGCAAGGCAGUGCUGUGGUAUGUCCCCUUUUCCAUGGAGAACGUUGAGAAGAUCAUGGAGGUUCCACCCAUCAAGUACACCAGUGAAGAACAAGAGAAGGAGGGCAGGAAGCGGUAUGAGGCUCAGAAAGCAGAGAGACUGGAGACCAAAGCAAAGCUUGAACAUGUGCUGUCACCUCCAUCCAACCCAGAACAAUACACAGUUGGCUUCAGCCAGUCCAGCCUGAUCCAUUUGGUGGGUCUUACAGACUGCACACUGCACAGUUAUGUGCAAGGAGGUCUGACCAUGAAUCUGAUGGACAAGGUCGCCGGCAUCGUGGCAGCUCGGCACUGCAACACCAACAUAGUCACCGCCGCCGUGGACGCCAUCAACUUCCACCGCAAGAUCAAGAAAGGCUGCGUGGUGACUGUGACGGGGCGGCUCACGUUCACCAGUGACAAGUCGAUGGAAAUCGAAGUGUUUGUAGAUGUUUGCUCUCUGAUGAACACAGAAAAGGAGAACUAUCGUGCUGUGUCUGCCUUCUUCACCUUCAUCUCCCUGGACAAGGACAAUAAGUCUCUUCCUGUCCCUCCUCUGAAGAUUGUUGGAGAGGAGGAGCAGAAACAGUUUGAUGAGGGUAAGGUACGAUAUCUCCAGAGAAAAACAAAGAGGCUUGCAGGCGGGGAGCGCCUGCAGUGACACCACUGCCCAUCGAAGCUGGACACCGGCAUCAACACCACAUCUACGUGACCCGGCACGUACUGUAUGAAGCAAACAGAUGCAGUAUUUAACAGUCCUUAAAUAUAGCUUCCUCCUAAGGCGUAAUCCUGCACUUAAUCUUAUCUUGUGCUGCACACCAAAGUGUCA